AUGAUUGAAAAUGUUAAUAGUGAGCAGGUCUCCAACCUUCUGGAGGGACUCCAACGCUGUCGUCUUGAAGGCCUCUAUACCGAUAUCAUUUUGUGUGUGGAUGAAGAAGAAUUUCCAUGUCAUAAAGUCAUUCUUGCCGCGAGUUCACGUUAUUUCGAUGCUAUGUUUAGAAUUCCACUGUCGGAGCAGAAAACAUCGCGUGUCUAUAUAAAACAGAUCUCUCCGUGGUCCUUAAAACACUUGAUUGACUUCGCAUACACGGGCUCUCUGACUGUCUCAACUCAAACAGUACAGGACGUGUUCUUGGCGGCGAAUCUUCUUGACUAUCCUCUUGCCGUUGAAGCUUGCAUUUUAUUCAUGGAACGUCACUUAGAUAUUACAAACUGUCUCGGAGUACAAAUGCUGGCUGAAGCUUAUGAUUUUCCUGCUCUGGCUGAAACAGCGCGGAAAAUAGCAGUCGACAAUUUUACCCGCCAGAACUGUGCUCAUAUUCCUUUUAACCUUCAGGUCGUCCUGAAAGCUUGCCUUAAUUGGGUUGCUCACGAUCCGGACAACCGAUUGCAUUACCUUGUUACGCUUUUACACCACGUCCGACUACAUCAAAUUCCCACACAAAGGCUGAAAGAGAUCAUAGACACAUCUAGUGUUCUCCGGGCAAAGUUAUCCUCUGCCUCUUCGGUCGAUUCCCAAGUAAACAGCGCAGACAGUAACUCCAGCGCAGCUCCCACCGGCACUGACGCAGUUCAGGACUCGUCACCAUCGUCGACGGAUCUGGUGGGCGCUGUUUCCUCUCUGGCUCCGCCGCGACCGGCCACUGUGAAAAGAGACACCCUGAUUGUGUUGGGUGGCAUCAAUUCCUACAUACUCGACUCUGUGGAAGCUCUGUCCUUCUCCAAGAGCUGCUGGUUGCCCUGUCCCCGCCUGCCCACCGACAGUCUGACCUGCUUCUCGGCCAUCGUGGUGGACAACACCCUCAUCGUCACCGGUGGUAUCCGGCUAUUAUCUUUGGGCCUAAUCGUGCUGCCCAUUCUUCUGUUUGCAGAUCAUCACCACCCCUACACCAUAAUGGAAAUGGGUGGUACACUGGAUGUUUACUCACUGAUUGUAUCUGACAGAAUGGCCAUCUACCACAUGAACACCGACUUCUCCGUGCAGACACCCGAGGAUUAUAUUGCCCUACCGCAGCCAGUGCGGUAUGCCACGUGCGCAGUUGAUCCUCCGAGUCGUCUGGUCUACAUCUUUUGGGAGUUGACCGGGGACCUCUCAGUGCUGGACUUUUACCGACAGUCGAUGCGCUCCCUCAAACCGCUAUCAAGUCUGCCACAGGCCGCUGGAGCGCGCGUGCACUGCGGUUGCGCCUGGGUCAACCAUCGUCUCUACGUCUGCGGUGGUUUUCGCCACUUUGUGGGCGCGGACAGGCGUCCAACUGCAGCGCGGGACGACUUGCAUUGCUAUGAUCCUCUUACAGAUACCUGGUAG